AUGGACACGAAACGGAAAUUUGAACUUGAAAGCUCCGGGAUGGUGACGGCAAGGAAGUCCGUGAAAAGACGUAAGAAACUCUGCGAUUCGGAGUCUGACACCGUUUCUACAAAUUCACAAUCCGCUUCAAGCAACCAGAAACGUGCAAAUAAAACCAAACAUCGUUUAGAAAAGCUUAGAAAACUCACCCGUAAACUACUGAACCACCCGGAUCAGGUUCAAGAAGCCCUCGAUGGAUCUGAACCCGACCUGGUCGUAGUUCUGACAGCGCUUGCCAAGGCACUUUCUCCAGAAAAACCGACACCAGAAUCUUUGUAUUAUUCACAAUCUCCUCGUAGUCGACUACGCUCCUCUUCGCUCGAAUUGCAUGCCCAGAGCAAACUUCCGCCUCUCCCACCCGUUCUGGAUAAGCAACUACAAACGGCGAUGUUCACUCACGAAGGAGUCCAUAACCCGAAUACCGCCUCCUUGCCAGAGAAAAAUUACGAAAGGAUGGAACUCCUAGGCGAUGCGUAUAUUGAGAUUAUAGCAACCCGGCUAGUGUGGGAUACCUUUCCUCGUCUCCCGGCUGGGCGUCUUUCCCAGAUAAGGGAACUUCUAGUGAAAAAUGAAACGUUGGCUGAAUACACGUCCCUUUAUGGCCUGGAUCAAAAACUGCAAGUGCCUCCAAAUAUUCGGGAUCAAAUAAAAACAUGGACGAAAAUUAAAGGCGACCUUUUUGAAGCAUACGUUGCAGCUGUCAUCUUGUCUAAUCGUGACAACGGCGUGCAGUUGGCCGAAGAUUGGCUGACACAACUCUGGAUACCAAAGCUUGAGCAAAUAGAGAAAGACAAACCUGUGCUCCGAUACAAGGAGGAUCUUGCUAAACUAGUUAUGGACAAAGGAAUCAAACUAUCCUACUUGGACGAGAAACAAUCAAUUUGCCACUCGGGGGGUUUACAAACGUUUUUCGUCGGGGUUUACUUGACCGGUUGGGGCCAUAAGAAUGAAUGUCUAGGGUCGGGGACUGGGUUUAGCAAAGUUAUAGCUGGAAAUGAAGCUGCCAGGAAGGCUUUGGGACACCCUGUAACGCAUCGGGCUGCGGCUGCUAAGAAGGCAUAUCAUGCGGCCAAAAAAGAGGAAGCAGCGGGAAUUCGAUUAUAA